CUUGGGCAAACAAUUGGAAAUUUUGCACACAGGAAGAAAAUGAUAUUAAUAAGUAUUUAAUUUCAAAACAUCUCGAGUAAUCUGUUUAUAAUUCAAAUUUUCCCGGGAUGCAGCGCAUGUGUUAGCAGAGCAACGUCCACGUCAUCUAGACAGGGGUAUCUGACUGACUGUAGGUUAGGUUCACAAACAAGUUGUUUGAAUUGCACAAUUCUAUGGCAGAUAUGGUAUAGUGCUGUGAGAAGAGGCACGCCAGCAAAUGAUGGUUACAUAGUGUUUAAUGCUACCAGCUUUUCGUUUACAAGGACUAUGUAAACAAUGAGUGCUUAGCUGCGCCUUGUUGUAUCCGGGUUGUCCAGGAUGGCGUGGCCGAUGCAGUUCCUCUGCAGGGCGCUGCGCACUGUGGGCCUGGUGCUUUUCUACUAUGUGUUUUCCAUUGGCAUAACUUUCUACAACAAGUGGCUCAUGAAGGUCUUCCACUUUCCUCUGUUCAUGACCCUGGUCCAUCUUGCUAUAAUAUUCUGUUUCUCUUCACUGACACGCUUUGCCAUACAGUGCUGGACGGGAAAGCCUCGAGUAAUUCUUCCUUGGAAGGUUUACCUUUCUAAAGUAGCCCCAACAGCCCUGGCGACAGUGCUGGAUAUUGGACUGUCCAACUGGAGCUUCCUUUUCAUCACUAUUAGUUUGUACACCAUGACCAAGUCUUCAGCUGUUCUCUUCAUUCUCUUUUUCUCCCUGGUCUUCAAACUCGAGGAGCCGAACCCAUUCCUGAUCCUGGUGGUGUUGCUGAUAGCCAGUGGUCUGUUCAUGUUCACUCUCAAGUCAACUCAGUUUAACCUAGAGGGUUUCCUAAUGGUCCUGUUGGCCUCUUUUAUCGGAGGGAUCCGCUGGACUCUCACUCAAGUGCUCAUGCAGAAAGCAGAACUUGGGCUUCAGAACCCCAUAGACACCAUGUACCAUCUACAGCCCCUCAUGUUCCUGAGCCUCUUUCCUCUGUUUCUUCUCAAUGAGGGACUGAGUGUGAGCACCACAGAGAAGCUCUUCAGGGUCAGUGAGCUCUCACAUCUGCUCUACACUCUUGUGACUCUGUCUGUGGGUGGCAUGCUGGCAUUUGGUCUGGGCUUUUCCGAGUUCCUGCUGGUGUCCCGCACGUCCAGCCUCACGCUAUCCAUUGCUGGUAUUUUUAAGGAGGUGUGCACUCUACUGCUGGCAGUGGAGUUCACGGGGGAUAAAAUUAGCACAGUGAACUGGUUGGGCUUUGUUGUGUGUCUCUCUGGCAUAACACUGCAUAUUAGCCUCAAAACAUUUUAUAACAAAGGAAAUGGCCCCAUGGUGAGACAACUACCUGUCAGAGACAACCCAGACCUUGAGCUUCCACUUCUGCAAACAAAAGACGACUAUUGUGAAGACACAAAUGACGAAGAGGAGCAUGAGAUUCUUUACUAGUUUGAGAAAGACAUGAAUGUCCUAAAUAUACUCGUGGAAUGUUCUGCUUUAGGCUCAUAUCAUUGGUCACAUUGACCACAGGUACUGAACAAGCCUCGGAUAUGUUCUGAAUGAGCACGAGAAGAGACUAUAGAGCUGAUGUACGGGGGUACAUUUGUGUUGUCUGUCUCUCCGUGAAACCGAGAGGACACUAUGCUCUUGGGAAGACGGGACUCUUAAAAGCCACUGGGUGAUUACAAAGAUAGUUCACCCAAACAGUUCACUUCUGUCAUCAUUUACUUACCCUCUUGUCAUUUCAAACCUGUAUGACUUUUCUCCUGUGGAACACAAAAGGAGAUGUUUUUACAUAGAAUGAAAGUGGAUGGGGACCAGGGACUAUCAAGCUCAAAAAAUUGUAAAUCCAUAUGCAUUGUGUGUAAUAUCCCAAAGGCCCCUGAAGCUGUAUGAUAGACAUUCUGCAAAUAAAUAAUUAAUUUAGCCCUUGAAGAAAAAGUCACAUGUUUUGGAAGACACUAGGGUGAGUAAAUUAGACUAUUUUAAUUUAUAGGUAAUACCUUUAAAACUGAUGUGGCAUCAAUCACAGCACAGGACCAAUCUCCUAGUGGCCUUACACAUUUGUUUAAAUGACUAUAAAGAAUUUAUUUUACUAAAUAUAAAUUCUGUUUCAGUUGCCCACAAUAAUGAUUUCACUAAUUAUGACACAGAAUGUGAUUUUUUUUUUUUUUUUUUUUAAAUAAAAUGAACUUUGAUUUCUUCUAUCAUGUAUUCCUUCCCCUUUAACUUUCCAAAGGCAGCUUUAUGAAUUGCAUUUACUUCAACUUUGAGCAAAUUUUAUCAACUCUUAGAGAGGGAGGCAGAAUUCAGCAAAGUAGAUUAUAUAGCCAAAUUAGAUUUGUUUGGAGUUCUCAUGCAGAUAGAGGGAUGUCUAGUAAUUCAUGAACCUGUUUAAGUUCAUUGAGUUUGUUUAGUGGGUUAAUCAUGAAGUCAAAGGGCCUGUUCAGUUCCAAAUCAGUUUUUUCAAGAGAUGGAAAUGAAUUCGGUUAAGUGGAAGUAUGCUUCGGUCUCGCGCACAUCUGCAUGUGCAGCCCAAGUAAACAUGAAUUAUUUUGAAACUUUAUGCAACACACUCAUUUACAUUCAGCACCUUAUGGAUGCGUUACUGACUUUUUUUAGGAAUAUCUAUGUGUUCAAAGCUUAAAGUCUAACUUGGUAAAAGACUGGUGCAGUUUCCAUCACUAGUCCCCUCUGAUUGUUACUGCCAAAAAUGUGGUCUUCAGACAAAGAGUUUUUACCUGACAGUUCCAUUAUUAGAGCAGUAGGGCAAGACAGGGGUAUAGUUGUAAUACUUUUUGCUCCAGCAUCUGUAACUCAAUGAUUUUAUGAGCUUGAGUGCUCAAACUUUUACAUUUGUUUCCUACAAAAGGCACCUGUUCAAACCUCUGUAAGAACAUCGCAGCCCUUAUGAAUUGAUGUCAAAUGGCGUGCCUUUGUUACUAUCCACACCACUAGGUUUACUGAGGUUUUAGGUUGACCACAGCUCAAAUAAACAAAUACAUUUUC